UGGGAGUUUGGCUAGUACCGUUAUGGCUGUGAAGGCGUUGGUCCCUGGACCUGAGUUCCUGGAGGGGACUGGGGCCGGGAGAGUGGCAGACAGCGUCUGAGAGGGCUCUCUCUCCCUGUGCGUGCUCAGCUUGCUUUCUCGGGAGCUGCUGCGGCUAGGGGAUGUCUGGUACUCAGGAGCAAGCCAGAAGCUUCCGAAGGCGGCAGUAGGCGGCAGCAGGCAGCAGUCUGAGGAGCAGGGGUGUGUGUUCGUUUACAUGGGGCCCAGCCAACCUGCAGCUUCAGAUUCCACACUCCACUUUUUCGAAAGACUUUCUCCCAGGUUUUCAGCCAGUGUUUCUUCAGUAACGCUGGAGCAGAGGGAGAGAGAGAGAGAGAGCUGAUGCAAGAGACUUGCAUGGAGGCUGGGGAAACUCUUCGUUCCAGGGCUCGUUCUCUUUCUCGUGGGAGCUGAAGCCAAGGCAGCUGUCACAGCUGCCACCACAGGCACGUCUCUCUUUCUCGGUCAGCGCUCUGCAUCUCAGCUGGGUUCUGAGUGUCAGCACGGAAAAGCCACAAUGAAAGACGCAACACAUUUCGACACCCAGUGACUGGCCAGGUCCCAGAGGAGAACAACAAGUUUAACUUGAAAACAUCGCCCUUGGACAUGUCCAGCAAAACAGGCGGGAAGCAUUCUGCUACCAUCAACAGUGGCAUCUCCAACCACAAGAUGGUGUCAGAAGUUCCUCCAGAGCGGCCCAACAUCCGGGCAACUCGAACUUCCCGAAAAGCCAUUGCCUUUGGUAAGCGUUCACACUCCAUGAAGCGGAACCCCAGUGCCCCUGUCACCAAAGCUGGCUGGCUCUUCAAACAGGCCAGCUCCGGGGUGAAGCAGUGGAACAAGCGCUGGUUUGUCCUGGUCGAUCGCUGCCUCUUUUACUACAAAGAUGAGAAGGAGGAGAGCAUCCUGGGCAGCAUUCCCCUGUUAAGCUUCCGGGUUGCAGCUGUGCAGCCCUCAGACAACAUCAGCCGGAAGCACACGUUUAAGGUGACUGUUACCUGGGUAGAUGAGGCCGGGGCCAGUUCCACGCACUGCCUCUCCCCACAGGCCGAGCACGCUGGAGUCCGCACCUACUUCUUCAGUGCCGAGAGCCCUGAGGAGCAGGAGGCCUGGAUCCAGGCCAUGGGCGAGGCCGCUCGGGUACAGAUUCCUCCAGCCCAGAAGUCAGCGCCUCAGCCUGUGCGGCACAGCCACGAGAAGUCAGACUCAGAGAACAUCCCACCCAGCAAAGUUCAUCAGCAGACUCACAACAGCCUCACCAAGCCAGAGCCCGAGGCCAAGACUCGAGGGGAAGGGGACGGCAGAGGCUGUGAGAAGGCGGAGGGAAGGCCUGAGAGGCCCGAAGUCAAGAAAGAGCCUCUAGUGAAAGCCAACGGCCUCCCAUCUGAACCCGAACCAGCCUCAGAGCCUGGCAGUCCUUACCCUGAUGGCCCGAGGGUCCCGGGAGGUGGGGAGCAGCCCGGUCAACCCAACGGCUGGCAGUAUAGCUCCCCAAGCCGACCAGGGAGCACGGCUUUUCCACCCCAUGAUGGGGACACUGGGGGACACCGGCGGAGCUUUCCACCACGUACUGACCCUGACAAAAUUGCCCAACGCAAAAGCUCCAUGAACCAGCUUCAGCAGUGGGUGAACCUGCGCCGAGGGGUACCCCCACCGGAAGACCUUCGGAGUCCUUCAAGAUUCUACCCUGUGUCCCGCCGGGUCCCUGAGUAUUACAGCCCCUACUCCUCCCAGUACCCUGAGGAUUACCAGUACUACCCACCAGGGGUGCGACCAGACAGCAUCUGUUCCAUGCCAGCCUACGAUAGGAUUAGUCCGCCCUGGGCCCUGGAGGACAAGCGGCACUCCUUCCGUAAUGGGGGUGGCCCCACUUACCAGCUUCGUGAAUGGAAGGAGCCCUCCAGCUAUGGGCGGCAGGACAGCACCGUUUGGAUCCCCAGCCCCUCCCGACAGCCAGUCUAUUAUGAUGAGCUGGAUGCUGCCUCUGGCUCCCUGCGACGCCUCUCCUUGCAGCCCCGCUCCCACUCUGUGCCCCGUUCGCCCAGCCAGGGCUCCUACAGUCGUGCCCGAAUCUACUCCCCCGUGCGCUCACCCAGUGCCCGUUUUGAUCGGCUGCCGCCUCGGAGUGAGGACAUCUAUGCAGACCCUGCUGCCUAUGUGAUGAGGCGAUCUAUCAGCUCCCCAAAGUAUGAUUACCUGGGAGACAGGCGGCCAGUCCCUGCAGGACUGUUCCCCUACAACUACCCACCAUCCCCCACGGUCCACGAUAAGAUGGAUGACCUUUUAGAUCUUCAGUUGCAAAGAAACCUAGAGUAUUUGGACCAGCAGAUGAGUGAGAGUGAGACUCUCAUCAGUAUGGUGAACCGCAUGGUGGAGAGCUCCUCCCCCAGGGCCCAACUCUUCAUGCAAGUCCCUGCUUACCCAGAGGUGUUCCGGGAUGGCCUCCACACCUUCAAGUUAAACGAGCAAGACACGGAUAAGCUGCUGGGCAAGCUGUGUGAACAGAACAAGGUGGUGAGGGAGCAGGACCGGCUGGUGCAGCAGCUGCGAGCAGAGAAGGAGAGCCUGGAAAGUGCCUUGAUGGGAACCCACCAGGAGCUGGAGAUGUUUGGAAACCAGCCUGCCUACCCUGAGAAGCUGCUGCACAAAAAGGAAUCUCUGCAAAACCAGCUCAUCAACAUCCGGGUGGAGCUGUCACAGGCGACUACGGCCCUGACCAACAGCACCAUGGUGUAUGAGAACCUCGAGUCUGAGGUCUCUGCCCUGCACGACGACCUCUGGGAACAGCUCAACUUGGACAUCCAGAAUGAGGUGCUCAGCCGGCAAAUUCAGAAGGAGAUCUGGAGGAUCCAAGAUGUGAUGGAAGGACUUCGUAAGAACAACCCGUCUCGGGGCACUGACACGGCCAAGCACAGAGCAGGACUCGGCCCCUCAGCCACCUAUAGCUCCAACAGCCCAGCCAGCCCUCUCAGCUCCGCCAGCCUUACCAGUCCCCUGAGCCCCUUUUCAAUGGUGUCUGGUUCUCAGGGAUCUCCAACCAAACCAGGGUCCAGCGAGGAACCUGGCCCACCUCGGCCGCCCCUCCCCAAAGCCUACGUCCCCCUGGACUCUCCUCCCACCGUCCCUCCACUCCCUAACGAGAGCCGCUUCUGGCCAUACCCCAACUCCCCUUCCUGGCAUCACAGUGGCGAGACAGCCAGGGGUCAGCCCAAAACAGGCUAUGAGCCAAACAAGAGAGACCCCGACCAGACAUCACCCCUGGACACCCCCAGAGACAUCAGCCUCGUGCCCACCAGACAAGAGGUGGAGGCAGAGAAACAGGCAGCUCUCAACAAAGUUGGCAUCGUGCCCCCUCGGACGAAAUCUCCUGCUGAAGAAGAGGUGACUCCGUCAGCAGUGGUGAGGAGGACCACCAAUGGCCUCACCAACGGCCUCUCCUCACGGCAAGAACGCCCCAAGAGUGCUGUAUUCCCUGGAGAGGGCAAAGCAAAGAUGAGCGUGGAGGAGCAGAUUGACCGGAUGAGGCGGCACCAGAGCGGCUCCAUGAAGGAAAAGCGGAGGAGCCUGCAGCUUCCAGCCAGCCCGGCCCCUGAACCUAGCACCCGGCCUGCCUACAAAGUGGUGCGCCGCCACCGCAGCAUCCACGAAGUAGACAUCUCCAACCUGGAGGCAGCCCUGAGGGCUGAGGAACCUGGUGGCCAGGCCUAUGAGACACCCCGGGAGGAAAUUGCCCGGCUUCGCAGAAUGGAGCUGGAGCCCCAGCACUACGAUGUGGACAUCAGUAAGGAGCUCUCCACUCCAGACAAAGUCCUCAUUCCCGAACGGUACAUUGACCUGGAACCGGACACUCCCUUGAGCCCCGAGGAGUUGAAGGAGAAGCAGAGGAAAGUGGAGAGGAUCAAGACGCUCAUCGCCAAGUCCAGUAUGCAGAACGUGGUGCCCAUCGGCGAGGGGGACUCUGUGGACGUGCCCCAGGACUCAGAGAGCCAGCUGCAGGAGCAGGAGAAGCGGAUUGAAAUCUCCUGUGCCCUGGCGACCGAGGCCUCCCGCAGGGGCCGCAUGCUGUCUGUGCAAUGUGCCACCCCAAGCCCUCCCACCUCCCCUGCUUCCCCGACUCCACCAGUCAACCCCCUAUCGUCUGAACGCCCACGGGGCGCCGACAGCAGCCAUACCAUGCGGGUCUGAGCUCUGACUGCAAGCCCUGGCUGAGGCCAAUGCCGUGAAGCUCCACAGGGCCACCUUCUGAUAGCACACCUGGGACUCUGGCUCCUCAUCCUGGCCUCCUGCCUUUGCGCCCACCAUGGGAAUGCCUCGGAGAGCCAGACUGGGGGCUUAGAAAGGGGCGUGGAUGCCUUGAAAUCCGCACCUGCUGCCCUUGCCCUGAAGCCUGCACUGUCAUCAUGGUUCUAAGGCAAGACCUGGAAUGGCAAGGCCAAGGUGUCAUCCUCUAUGAUGCCCCAGGAAGUCACAGGGAGCUCGAGUGCAGUUCCGGAUGGCAUUGUGUGGCCCUCCGGCACCAUCCCCUGAUGGAGACCGAGUCCUGGUGGGGAGCAUGCCCUCAGCUAUGGGUGAGGACUAGAAGUGAAAACGAGACAGACUCUUUCCCUUGGAACCCACACAACACAGCAACACAGUGAGAGGCCAACUCUUGCCAUCAUCUUCCUCCCCUUCAGCCUCAGCUGCUCAGCGAUGCCCAAGGCUUUGACACGGCUCUGCUGAUGGGUUUCCCAGAGUUCCCUGGAGGCCAGCAGCCUUGCCUGAGCCAAAGAGAAGGUGAUAAUUGCUAGGAGAAGGCCCCUGGGCUCCUGGAGGGUCGGGUGUGGUCUGUGCAGUGUCUGAGGGCAGCAGGUCUGUGCAGUGUCUGAGGGCAGCAGGUCUGUGCAGUGUCUGAGGGCAAGUUGGAAGCAAGAGCAGACGGAAGAGGAGAGAAACUUGGAGACUGAAGGAAGAGAAAGUUGGAAGCUUUCUACAAGCAGCAGGGAUGUAAGGAUGGAGGGAAAUGGGAAGGGAGAGUCAGAAUGGCUUCCCUAGAGUGGAGCCUUAGGCUAGUGCCAAGCAGAGGGCCUGACUGUCACCUAUGUACUUCACGUCUUCCUGAGGAGCAGGUGGCCCCAGGAACACUCGCCAGGCACACAUUAGCCCCAACUGAGGGGCUUGGUAGCAAGGUGUGGAGGAAGAGGAUGUUGGGGGAGAUGGCCUGGGAGACGGCCCAUCUGUGUCAAGGCCUGUUAGUCUCUCUCCUAGGGUCGUGGACAGAGAGGACUGUCUUACUGUCUGUCUGUCAGCUUUGGGGCCUUACCCAGCCAGUUUCUUGACCAAUUCAAACCUGGAGAGUACUGUCAGUCAGCUGAGGUUUAGCCCUGGGAGGAAGGAAUGGGGAUUUAAGUGUGAGUCCGGGUUCUAGGUCCUUACUCCUCAUCUCAGGCAUCCAGAGCCAGAUCAGAGGCUGGGUUUUCUUAUGGCCCACCUACCCAGGGAGAACAAGACAUGGCGAGAUGAGAGCACGGUAUAGUCUUCCUCUAUUCCACCUACCAGAGGGCAGUGAAGGAAGGCCACUGCAGACACCGGUCUCCAGGCCUGCCCUGCCAGAGUUGCUGCCCACAGCCUUCAGCCUGAGCAUCAGUGAUGGUCCCAAGACACAACCAUAUCAAAUCCCAUCGCUGCUCCUUCACGGCUGAGACAGUUACUGGUUCAUAUGCAAGUAAAGAUGACAGUUCAUUCAACAAAUACUAGUCAAGCACUUUUUGUGUAUCAGGUACUGUUUUAGGUGCUUAGGAUAUUGUCUUGCUUCUGAGGGACUCCAGAUGGGGAGGAUUCCACCUCUAUUUACCCUGUCAGGCUCCUGGAAAGUGCUCCUUGGUGACAUUCCCUUUCUACACAGUCCAAGCACCCAAACCAUGCCUGUUCUUCCUUAAAGAAUGAUAGGUGGGUCUAGCUCCCAGCUUAGCCUCUCUCCCCGUAGCCUCUUCCACAAGAAACAAAGUUUUUAGGGCUUCCCCUAUGUUUGUCUCUCCUUUUUUUAAAGUGGUAUUUUUAGAAAUACAUGUAAAAUACCAAGAAACAUCUGCGCCUCUCCCACCACCCUCACCCCGUAUUCAUAAAGCUGGCUCUUUAUGUUGCUUUACAUGCCUUAAUAUGUGUUUUAUGGAAGUGAUCAUGUCAUAGACACCCAUGUAAUAUAUACCUGCAUAUAUAUUUGUCUGGAUGUCAGUCCUUUCUCAGCUCCUGCCCCGACCCGUUUUCUGUGCGUGCCAUUGUUAGUAUAUUGAUACCAUGUCCCUUGCCUUUUUGAUCCAAAGAAGGGGAGGAAAGAUUUACUUUAAGGCAGACCUAUUUUAUGCUUUUGUUUAAAGGCAGAUCUACUUUCAAAAUGUGCAAUGUGCGAGGAGACUGAGGUGGCUGUCCCUAGGCUGGGUCUAUGUCCUUCCCUCGGCUCCAGUGAUUUCCUUCCCGUUGUCCAGUCAUGGCAAAGGGCUGGUCCCCAGGCUCAUCCCGACUCUAUCCUGCAUGGCAGGACAUUCCUUUGAAAGUCCUGGUCUAAGAAUUUGACUUCACUGGGUUGUCAGGCUUGUGGGUCUCCUGAAGGAAAUGUUUACAACUGCAGACAUGCGGUACUCCCAUGGGCUCCUGAACCACCCCUGAGAGAAAGCCAACAGGUCUCUGGCAGCAUAUGUAGCCAGCUUGAAGGAUGUCAGUCUGCGCCCUGACAGACCCAAGACGCAAGGUGAAGCCCAGAGAUGGUGACUUGGGACCCUCUGUGUUCUUUGGUGAAUACUCUGAGCUCCUGGGCCUCCCCCACACUUUCUCUUGAACCCACUCCGUGGCAACCGUCUCCCUCUAGGACUUUUCUUUCUGGGAGUCAUUAUGGCACAUUGGUCUGGCAUCCAGACUUGAAGCCUCAUUCUUGGCUGUGGAGGGCCCCACAAUCAAAUGUCACACCUUAGUCUUUCCCAAGAAGAAACCCUCAGUGCUUUGACAGGCUGUGGGCUGCAGUUCUGGCCUGUGUUAGGUCAGCCUUCCAAAUUGCUUUCUGACAGGUUAAGUGAGCUAGGAGGUUCUAGCCUGGCAAGGACUUGGGCAGGAUGGAGUCCUCACCCCCACCCCUAUCUGAAAUGAUGUGUUUGGGAAUUUUACAGCACUCUGGCCAGCCUUUGACACCGGACCUCCAAUUCCGGCAUUUGCUGGCCCUCUUCCCAGCCUCAAGCCUCUUGCUGUGAAUGAACAGGGCCCAGGCAUAAGCCUAGGACUAAGAACCCCUCUGGGGAAAGUCCUGGCCACCCACACAGGGCCUUCCCAAUUAACACAUUACCUCCUCCACCAAAAAACAAGAGGCUGCGAUCAAAUACUGCUACUGUCACUUUAAAGACUCUUCUGGGGAAGCAAGCUUGCAAACAGCAAGUGUGCUCUCCUGCCUUAUGGAAGGCAUGUUCUUGGGGUCAGGGCUGCUACUUUUAAGAUGGAAUCCCUUCCUUUCCCAUCAGGCACCCUCCUCCUGGCAGCUCUUAAAACUAAGGAAAAUACUAUAUAAAAAUAUAUAUACAUAUCUAUUUAUGCGCAUAUUUGGGGCCAAUUUGAUUUGCUAGUGUUAGACAAUAAACCAUACAAGGAAACUUAUCUCAGUGUCUCUAUUUAGUAUGAAAGUGACCUUAGACGAAGAGUUAAGGUUAGAUGAACAGCAUCUCUGUUGGGACCACAUGGCUGUAGCAUCCCUUGAGCAUCUGUCUAGCCGAUCACCCUCCCCUGGAGAAGGGGGCGCCUGGCUGAGGUAGUGAGAGCUUGCUCCCUCCUUCCAGUGGCAAUCUUACUAGAUUAGGUACUAAAGAAUCCCAAUGAGCUCUGCAUUUGUAUCUUGCAAGUUUGUAUAAAUCAAUACCGGAAAUAAACUGAAUGGUUUGUA